GCCUUCGCGGGGUACCCGCAGCAGCAGCCAGCAGCAGCGCAGCACCCCUGGCGGCCGCUGCUGCAGCAGGGACUGCAGCAGGGGCUGCAGCAGGGGCUGCAGCAAGGGCUGCAGCAGGGGCUGCAGCAGGGACUGCAGCAGGGGGCCCUGGGCCUCGCUCCGGGGGCCCCCGGGGGCCCCCGCCAAGGGGGGCCCCCUAAGCUUUGUGCUUUUGCUGCAGCACCAGAUUUGAAAGAAGCAGCAAGAGCAGCAGGCAGCCGCCCCACACCCUCGCCGGGGGCCUUCUUAAGAGCUGCUGCUGCUGCUGCUCUCGAGCUGCCCCUCAAGGCAGACGGCCCGGAGUGGGAGCCUGUGGGGGAGCACUGCUACCGAGACAUUCUCAGCCAAGGGCCUCCUGCUCCUUACUGCGGCCUUCCCGCAGUAGAUGCUGCAGCAUCCUUUGCGCAGCCCUUCCCCU